AAUAAGUACAAAAAAUAUCUGUUUACUUUCUAUUGAUAGGACAUAAGAGUAUAGUUGAAAAUAAUAGCUAAGUUCAAUUGCUGUAAUGGAAGAUACAGGCGAUGUAUCUGAAGCACUUCUCCGCCGUCAACUUUUUCACAAAUUCGGUGAUAGAGAAGUGGAUUCAGGUGAAAAAGUUGUCCGAAAGUCACCUAUAUCCGCCAAGGAUGACAUCUGGUUAAUCAGGUCUCUCAAGGAAACCACAUCUCAACGUCGUUAUGAAAGUAAAACGUUGGCCAGAAUUCAAGAUUUCGUUGAAAAAAUCACAGAACAUUGGAUGAAAAAACUUGAAGCUGUCAGGGAUGUCUUCCAAGAAACGAUUGCAAAGAUAGUGGAACAACGCCAAAAGGAAAUAUAUUACCACACAAGUUGUCUCAAGGAAGAACUGCAAGAUACCAAGGACAUACUGGACAAAACUGAGGAAUUUGACUCUAAAAUCAUCGAUCAUUUAAAGGAGACUUGGCUUAGCAUUUUAUACAAUUGGAAAACAAAUAUGUUUGAAGUAGAGGAAAAAAGCUCCAAGUUCCUUAAAACGGCGGUAGCUAGAUAUUUGGCGAAACUGGUAGCGACUAGGCACAAUCCCUGCCACACAUUCGAAGUGAUGUUGACAUUAGUAUUGGAAUUGAAUCAUAUUAUUAUUGGGAAUGUUCAAGCCAUCGUUGAGACGGAACAUGAUCUGGUACUGCUCUGGGAUACCCAUUUCAAGGACUGGUGUGUUGCCUAUUAUUUACGAGCUGGUCUGAAAGCAUUGGAAACACAAGAAGAAGAAGAAGAAAGUGUGUUUGAAGAAGAAGAAUUGGAAAUAGAGGGAUUGGCAGCUCUUGAUUCUAUUUUAAAUCUUAUUGUUUCACGUUCGAGGGAUAUUAGCCAUGACCGGCUACAAUUCAGCAAACCGUCAGAUCUGGCUACUAUUCCCCACGUGAUAUAUUUAGAGAACUAUUGGGAGGUUUUUACUGAGAAGGUAAAAAUCAUUCUAGAAGUACUGGAGUCAGAGGCUAGAAAACUGAUCUGCAUAAAAAAAUUUUUAUCAUCAAUUAAAACUGAUGAGCGUUUCUUGUUUGGAGAAUGGGCUAAAAAUGCUGGGUAUGGAGAAGACGGUGAGCAAAGGUUUAUCAGAUCGGCUCAAAUGACGAUUUACUAUAUAAGAGAGCUGAGAAAAUUAAUGAUGCAAACUGUGGAACUUUGGGAUGACCUUACAGACAGGCUCCAGGGAAUAAAAUAUCUAAUCGAACUCUUACAUUACAAACAAAAAACUCAAAUUGCAGCCAUUUUUCAGGAAUGGGAAAUCAAUAUGAACAUUGCAGUUGAUGAACUUCGCCAAGCUCACUCAUUGACUGUUCUUGAAAACAUGUGGAAUAUUCAAAUAGACAAAUUGUUUAUUGAAUACAAAACUAUGUUGAUACAAUCCCUCCAGUUCGAAAAAAUGACGUUGGAUACCUAUACUCCGAUGUCGAGAAUGACUUUUGAACUGUUUAUAGCUGCACUGGAUGUUGUAAUAACGGAAGCGUCGGCUACAUCAAACACAGAAAGAAUUCCAGAGGGGUCAAUAUCCAUCAAAGAAGUAGAAGAACGUAAUUUCGCGCUGAACGAAAUCAUCAUCACUUGUGUCAACAAUGCGACAAUGGGGUACAUUGAAAGUUUGAUAUAUUUCCGAAACGAAAUUCAAAAUAACAUAGACAAAUUGGACACUACUUGGCUGACAAAGAAAAAAGCAGAUUUGGACUGGCAGUUCACAGUGAAAGAGGAGAGAAUGCUGCAUCGAAUGCACCGGAUGAAAACUGACAUUCUUGACAUCCGUGCCGCUGAACUGAAAAUGCACGAAGAGGUCCUUUAUAGGCAUGCUGAGGCUAUAAGAGAAAAAAUAAAUCAUUUGUCAGCGUUCGACAUUUCUGAGGGAAUCCAACCACUCAUAGAAGAAUUCUACGUUGUUGUUGAUGAAGUUGCUGACAUAAGCACAAAAGUUUCACCAGGUGGCUUCCCAAGAAUUAUAGCCCAAUUGGAAAAGGCUAAAAAAAAAUUUAUGGACCUGUGUUGGAGAUGUGAUCAUGACAACCAAAGAGCAUUCGAACAUAUUGACAGUUGUUUUGAAUGGAUGGAACAAAUCAACAUCCAAUUCCUUAGCGACAUCAAAUUGUUCAGUGAAGGAGGCAACUUCAGUUAUGAUGAAGUGAACGGCGUCCUCUUCGUUAUCGACAGAAUAGAUAAAGAAAUGGAGAAUGAGAUGAAAAACAUAUAUCGUAAGUUCAGUAAAGGUGCGACCCUCAACGAUAUGGAAAUAGGAUACAAAAUGGAAAAGUUUAUUAGUUAUAUGAAAAAGACACAAAGUGAACUCCUCCACAAAAGUAAAAUGCUAUUAUUAGUACACCGAGCCAAGAGAGCCAUCAAGAGGGAGAUAUAUCGUGGCAGAUUUUUGCUGAAGAACGCUGAGUCGACUCUGUCGUUCAAUGAUAUCAAGGAUGCCAGUUUUCUCUCUGCAAUGUUGGAGGACACAACGAAAGUUUAUUCAUUUCUUUCAAUUCCUGAGGAGUUCCUCGAUUCGACAGGAAGUAUAUCGAAUAGGGGAAGUACGAGGAGUAGUACGAACCGGUAUAAAACUUCUGUAAAUUCUGCGAGAUCAAUAGAUAAAAGAGUAGUUGGAAGCCGUUACGUCUCGCCAAAGUCAAGCCGUUCCCUUGUCUACAAGUUCAGAGAAGCGAGCGAUGAUGAGACUGAUUCAAAGAACUACCUGCAAAAUGUGGUCGACAUAAUUUCAAAAUGCAAGGAUGUUCUGCACAGUCAAAUAUUCAAUUUCUCAUCGCAGACGGUAAGACGGUCUGAUAAUAGCUUUGCUCUAUCGUCGAAGGCCUUGGUUAAAGCCAAAAUACAGAAAGGAAACGCAUUGUUUCAAGAACUUGAACAUGAAUUAAAUGAAAUACGUCGCCAAAGUCUCGUAGUUUGGUUGGAUAUGAUUAAUGAAUGUUUGUUACUUUUCAUGCUUUUCGGAAAUCAAGUCACCAUUAUUUUGAAUGCGGAAUAUAAAAUAUUUGAGGACACAUGGAUUAAUAGUAUGAAAAUGCUCGAAACCGAGUUUCGUGAAGAAUUAGAGAAAUUUGAUGAAGCUUCGAUAGAAAAUAAGGAGGAAAUGAAGCGGCGGCUAAAGACCAUGUUCGGCCACCCCAAGCACAGGGAGCUUUUGGCAUCCUUGACCAGCGAGGCUUCAGCCUUCUGCAAGUCCCAAACCGAUGAUUUGAAAGCUCUCGUCCUCAAUAGAAGGAGCCAAUUAAAGCAGUUCUUAAUGAUGUUCAUCGAUGAAAAGAAAAAAUUUCUAAAAACCCUGUACAGAAAAGUGGAGAAUGUUUACGAAAACGAAGAUUUAGAACGUAUACUGUACAGGUUGGCGCACCAUUUCCUCAGUCGGUCAAGAAGCAAAAAAAUCAUACAAAAUAUGAUUAGCUCUCAUGAAGCAAAAAGCCAUCCUAGUUGGACUGAAAUACAGCCCGUGGAUGAGAAGGGAAGCGAAGAGAGCGUCGAUCAAAGCUCCUGCUGGAAACCGAAAACAGACCUCCCUACUUUAAUAAAAUCAGUCUCCAUCAGGUUGAGGAAGAUUAUCAGCUUUCGCGAUGAGAUGCUGGAAGAUAAUGGCGCGGAGGUUGAGAUCAUCUUAGAAAAACCACAGAAAUAUUCACAUUUAGCCAAGAGUUUAAAAAUGUCACUUCUUAAAACUUCCAUGGAAAUGUGCCAAUUAGGAAAGCUGGCUUUGGCCGUAUACAUCGAAGAGAUGCAAACCUGGAUAUUAAGUUGGAGGAUCGAUUGCAACCGGCUCACUGAACUUUUCUCCUUUUCUCCAAUCUUAAACAUCAAAGAUAAAUCGUCGCCAUUAUCUAAAGUAAUGCAUAAGCAUGUGACACCUUCAAAUUCACCAGAAUUACAUGCAUCACCUUCACGUCCAAUACUAUCACAUGCAACACCUUCACUUAUAACAACUUCAUAUGCAUCCACUUCACAUACAUCACAAGUUCGCAGGUAAAGAUUUUUUUCUCGUAUUGGAAAUAUUGAUAGUAAAAUAAAUGGUUAAAGUGAAUUAUG